GUGUCAGUCCAAGAUGACAUAAACAAAAACUUAAUGGUGACAAAUGGUUUUGUCCAGGAAAACGUCUCUCGUUUUCAACAAAAAAUGUAAAACUAGUUAUUGUAGACAUUUUUGUCUCUUGAUGAACAAUUUGUCCUUUAAAAGGAUGUCCCAAUAUAUUUCAUUUUCUUCUGACUUCACUAACUUCUGGAUUCCCUGUAUUGUGAUAAACAAUCUGAUAAACUCACCUAGCUGGAAAAGUGAACUGAUUGCAAAGUGGGCGUGGUCUCUGUUCGCCUUGCCGGUGAGUGGGCGUGUCUUCUUGGCGCUCCGUCGAGUGGGCGUGGCUUGUGUGUCGCGAUCGCUCCUGAUGAUCUCUGGCUGGUUUGAAGUUCAGGUUUGGAUCAUGGGGAACACUGUGACUCGGGAUGAUUUUGAGUGGGUUUACACGGAACAGCCGCACUACAGCCGCAGGAACAUUAUACUGGCCAAACACCCCGAGAUCAAGACUCUGAUGGGUCCAGACCCGCGGCUCAAGUGGGUGGUGACGGCGAUGGUUCUGACCCAGCUGCUGUGCUGCUUCCUAGUGAAGGAUCUGAGAUGGAAGUGGCUGGUUUUCUGGGCGUAUGUGCUUGGAGGCUGCAUCAAUCACUCCCUCACGCUCGCCAUACACGACAUCUCUCACAACGUGGCCUUCGGCAAUAAGGACGCGCUGCGCAACCGGCUCUUUGGCAUUUUCGCCAACCUGCCCGUUGGCGUGCCGUACUCCAUCAGCUUUAAGAAAUAUCACGCGGAUCAUCACCGUUAUUUGGGGGGCGACAGGCUGGACGUGGACAUUCCGACCCGGUUAGAGGGUCAGUUUUUCAGCUCUCCCUUUAGAAAGGUGCUGUGGCUCAUUCUGCAGCCGCUCCUCUACACCUUACGCCCGCUGCUGGUGAACCCGAAGCCCUGGACGUGCCUGGAGCUACUCAACGCCGCUGUCCAGCUGCUGUUCGACGCUGUGCUGGUGUGGCUGUGGGGAAUAAAGCUGCUCGUGUACUUGCUGUCCGGUUCAGUUCUGUGUAUGGGGCUACAUCCCAUCUCAGGUCAUUUUGUAGCGGAACAUUACAUGUACCUCAAAGGCUUCGAGACGUACUCUUAUUACGGGCCUCUCAAUUACAUCACAUUUAAUGUGGGCUAUCAUAUGGAGCACCACGACUUUCCCAGUAUUCCCGGGAGUCGACUCCCUCAGGUGAGGAAAAUGGCUCCAGAGUUUUAUGAGAAUCUCCCGCAGCACGACUCGUGGACUCGCGUCCUGUGGGACUUUGUGUUUUGUGAGGCGUUGGGGCCGUACUCCAGAGUCAAGAGAAGAUUACCAACAGACAAGGAGAAGUAGAGACCACCUGAAAUCAGCUCGAAAUAAUCACAGCAAUUGGACACAGUUCUGUGUUCACACACUGUCUUACAUUACACAGAUACACACACACACUCACAUACACCACACACACACAUGCACGCACACACACACACACACACACACACACACACACACACACACACAUUCACGCACACACACAAACACACUCAUACAUACACUCACACUCAAACACUCAAACACACACACAUUCACACACACUCACAUACACGCACGCACGCGCACACACUCACA